GCGGAGAGCGUCUCUUUCUCCUUCCCCUCCCUCUUUCCACGACACCAAAAGAAACCGAAAACCAUCGACGCGCUCCGUCCACCCUCCCCUACCCCGCGUCCUCCUCCCCUACGCCUCCCAGCCCAGCGGCAAAACCUAACCCUAGAUGGGCGCCGUCACCUCUACGGUCGCGGCGCGCUUUGCCUUUUUCCCGCCGAGCCCGCCGUCGUACGGGUUCGAGCAGCCGGCGCCGCUUCCGGCCCCUGCCACACCCGAGCCUCCGGCCCCGGCCACAUCCAAGCCGCCGCCUCCGGCCCCGGCCACACCCAAGCCGCCGCCAGCGGGGGAGGAGAAGGGCGGUGGCGCGGUGGUGGAGCUCACGGGCGUCCCGCGGAGGGUUAACGUGGAGGCGCGGCGGCUGCGGACGAAGCGGGGCACGGAGGUGGUCGCGAUGCACGUGCGCCAGGCGGGGGCCAAGCUCACGCUGCUCUACUCCCACGGCAACGCCGCCGACCUCGGCCAGAUGUACGAGCUCUUCGUCGAGCUCAGCGCCCACCUCAACGUCAACCUCAUGGGGUAUGACUAUUCUGGUUAUGGGCAAUCUACUGGGAAGCCUAGUGAACAAAACACUUAUUCUGACAUAGAAGCUGUAUACAGAUGCCUCAUAGAAACCUAUGGAGCUUCUGAGGAUAAUAUCAUUCUUUAUGGACAAUCAGUGGGCAGUGGUCCUACUUUGGAUUUAGCAUCCCGAUUAACUCGUUUAAGAGCAGUUGUUCUACAUAGCCCAAUUUUGUCUGGCUUAAGAGUGAUGUAUCCUGUAAAACAUACAUACUGGUUUGACAUAUACAAGAACAUCGACAAAAUUCCAUUAGUCAGGUGUCCUGUGUUAGUGAUACAUGGUACAGCAGAUGAGGUUGUUGACUGUUCCCAUGGGCGGUCACUGUGGGAACUUGCUGAAGUGAAGUACGAGCCGCUGUGGAUCAAAGGCGGAAACCACUGCAACCUAGAACUGUACCCGGAAUACAUCAAACAUCUGAAGAAGUUCGUUGGAGCCAUAGAGAAAUCGCCACCCCCACCUCCGAUCGACGAGUGCAUGGAGAGCUCAGGCCCGUCGGAUUGUACCCCAGCAGAACCCGAGUGUACAGCGGACUCAAGGAAGAGCACGGACUGCAGGGACAAAGCAAGGCCAAGCAUAGAUCAGAGACAAAGCACGGACCGGCGGGACAAGCCGAGGGGCAGUACGGAUAGGAGGGACAAGACGAGGAAGAGCGUGGACCAUCCCGAGAAGCCGCGGGCUAGCGUCGAUCAACCGGAUCGGCCGAGGAAAAGCAUCGACCGGUUUGGAGGCAUGAUGAAGUCGGUGAGGCUGUGCAAUAUCGACUGCUUCAAAGUGACAGCAACCUCUGGGAGCUGAAGAGAAGGAACGGAUGGAUAGUAGCAGGAAAGGUUAGUGUUGGGUGCCGUCUGUAUGUAUUCUUCCCUUCGUGUAACUUAUUCAAUUGGGUGAUUGGUUUGGCCGCAGUAGAAGGCGUGUUUUUGUUUUCUUUUUCUUCGCUCCUUCCUCAUACAAUUACAAUGGUGUUGUUUCCGUUGGGCUGUUCUUUUUAACAUGAGAUGAAAUAAUAAUCUUGUUGAUAAA